AUGAAUGAAAGUAGUUUUUUUAAAGUUUUUCAAAAUAAAUUUUUAUUAAAGAAAAUAUUAGAAGAAAUUCAGAAUACUGAAUGGUAUCAUUAUGAUGACUAUAGGCAAUAUUCAAUUUUCAAUAGAAGAAAGUUUAAAUAUAUUAAAUCAUUAGAAUGGAUGGUAACUAAAAAACAAUUUCAAUUAUUGAAAUGCAAGUCAAUCAACAAAGAAUAUAUCACUAUUGAAGAA